AUGACUUCAAUUCUUCACUACCGAGACCCUAUCGCCUACAGGAGUGACUUCAUGAGUACCUCCAGCUACCACUCGCCUCACAUGGAUCAGCAGAAGAGGUCGCCGCCUUACGAAGGCCAUUCUUCGGGCUCAGAAGCGCGGCAGCUCACUCCUGGCGCGAAGAAGCGACCAUCGAGAGCUGGUACCCGCAGCGUCACUACCCUCACCGCCGCACAACUGGAGCGAAAGAGAGCAAAUGACCGGGAAGCACAGCGAGCGAUUCGCCAAAGAACAAAAGACCACAUCGAUACUCUUGAACGUCAAGUUCGCGAUCUCACUGCACAAUUGGAGAACAACUCAUCGACCAAGAUGAUGGACCUCAUCAGAAGAAACGAGGAGCUCGAACAAGAGAACGCAGUCCUCCGCGCCCGUCUGUCACACGCCGUAUCGGCACUGGGAGUCCCAGAAUCAGGAGCAGCAGGCGCACCCUCACCGAGUGAUCGGGUUCAGAUGCUCAGCCAACCUCGGAGGAUGUCCACUGGAACCGCAAGGAGCGCACAUUCAGUACCCGAAAUAGCAACACCCGUGUCACAACCUGGACACUGGCAGUCGCAGCAUACGUACGCCCACCACGUUUCCUCGCCUCAUGUAGACACGCCACCUGCCAUGGGUGAAGUCCAAGCGCCGCAGCACGAGGCAGUUCGUUGGAGUCCUCAUCCCGGCCACCCGCAGCAGCAACAGCACCACCAAGUUUCCAUGCCAGUGCAGGAUGCGUCGGUUCAUGCGGUCGAGCAACCAAACAUGUCAUUUUCAAGCCCAUAUGUCAUGGAGAGCAACGCGCGAGCCAUAUCCUACCCUCACGAGAACGCUUCCAUGGUCACCUCGCAGCCUAUGCCAAUGUCCGGAUACGGGACGCCCACUUCGCAUCCUUCGCCUCACGCCUCAGAGUAUCAACGACACAUGAGCGUUCCUAUGCAUCACCAGCCCGUCCAAGGCCAAGGUCCACCUCAGCACCAGCAACAUCACACGUCUGCGCCUUAUGGCUCCUACCCAGUUGGUCCUCAGCAAGGCUACCCUCCUCAAGUCAGCCACGGCAGCGAGAUGCCCAUGAUGCACGCUCAGCACGGUCAACCUCAGAUGAUGAACGAACAAGGUCAGCACAUCAUCUACCAGCCGUACCAGUCCAACAUGAAGGUUGAGCAUUGA